AUUCUCAUGACGCCAUAGUUCGCUUCAAUCACGCCCCGACUGAAGGCUUCGAGCAGGACGUGGGCUCGAGGACCACCUUAAGAAUUGUCAACUCUCAAGUGGUGACGAAGCCUAAGUUUGAUUUCUGGGGGUCGCCGCUGUACUCCGGCAUGGCUCUUCUAGUGUGGGAUCCAUGUAACUAUACUGCUACACUAAAUGAGUGGUAUGCGUCCCCGGACUUCGAUUUCUUCCCCGUGUACUUCCGACGUCGACUGAUGUUGCCACAGGAAGACCUUCAUCUGUUGCACCCGGCGUCCCUCUGGCGACUGUGGGAGGUCUUGCAGCGACACACCCACACACACGUUCUGCCCAACCCACCAUCGUCUGGCUUCUUGGGUAUAGUAUUAAUGCUGGCUCACUGUGAGACGGUAGACGUGGUGGAGUUCGUGCCAUCAUUGCGUCAGACUAACCGCUGCCACUACUGGGAUGUGUACGACAACUCUAUGUGUACCUUCGGUGGUUGGCACCCCCUGGCCACCGAGAAGCUGCUGGCCCACGUCCUCAACAAGGCUACUGAUGAAGAGACCUUUGGGAAGGGUUUCAUCAGAAUACCUGGCUUCAGAACUCUUAGUUGUCCCUCUGUGGACCCUAGCAGAUAGAACACUUCAACAGUACUAUAACACAAACACAGGGUUGAUAAAGGGCUAAAGAUAUAUUUGCUGCUCUUCUGGGAGGAUCCUGGCAGAUAUGAAUAACUAGGUCGAGGGAUACGUAAUGAAACUUACCCUGCAUCCCCCCAUCCUAGACCCGAGGAUGGGUUCUGGCUUCUUAUCUUCAACAGCUGAGUCACGUACAUCUCCUAUAGUAUGUACAGUAUACUCAAGUUAUUUAUCUAAACAGAUGACAUAAACAAACAAACAUAUUGUAAUUAAAGCUGCUCUUGGACAAUUUGUUUAUCUUUGUUGUGGUUCGAUGGGGCUCUUGUCUCGGUAAGUAACAUCUUAUAAGUGUUCAAAAUUAAAAGGAAAAUCAUCAAAUAAGAGAGAGAACCACAACUGAGGUAGAAGUGCGGUUGUCUGUGGUUCUACAGGCUCUUCACACCAGCACGUAACAUACACGUGUGUAAGGCGUGGAAAGCAAAGUAACCAAGAGGUUUACAAGCUCAUUAUUUUGUCUAAAGUUACAAGUGGACUGAUACAGCAGUAUUGUACGAGUCCUGGGAACAGACGUUGGUCGAUGUUUGCAGUAGAGGAAUUGUGUUCUCCCUGAUAGUUAACUCCAGGUGAUAAGGGUGAAGAAGGUUCACUGGAAGAGUAAAGGGUGGAGGGAAAUCACUCAUUGGAGUAGAGAAAGGUGCCGUGGCUUAAUACAGCGUACCUGGUGGCGAUGAGGUUGUCAGCAGCAGCAGCACCCUGCCCGACCACGGCAGUAGAGAGAGUUCGCUUUGGGAACAUCGUCACCGUCAUGAAUGCAGCCCGGGCCCAAAAACCCGCCAGGGGCCACACCCCGCCAGGUCUCGGUGACCACACCAUCACAAUAAAGAUAUGAAGAACCAAGAAGGAGGUUAGUGGUAGAGUUGUUUGGGGGUUAGGUGAAGGUAAAGUCUUGGAGCUUUUACCUCAAAGAUGAACGGAGUGAGUUGGAGAGGAAGAAUUUUGAGACUUUGAUCUUGAAAAUUUCAAAGUACUCGUAGCAUGAAGAGGACGAGCCUAUCCUCGUAGAGGUUUUCAGUGCAAGUGGGAGACGGAUCUACCUGCUUGCACUGCUGCCUUAUAUAGGUCUACCGUCGAGGCGCGAAGGACCUGGUUUUCAGGAUGAGCAGGAAGGAUUCACACUCAAGUCAAAAUUCCUCAAUCAUUACCGAUUGGCUGGCGUUUGAUUUUUCUUAUAGGGCCCGGGCCAGAUUCAUCAGUACAGGAAUUUGUUCUUAAUAACAUCUUUGCCUUCUUUACUCCUUGAUCAGCUGUUGGUCACUUAUACAGUACAGUAUGUCAGCUUUCAGCAAAGCUUCUCAUCCUCACAUUUUCGGCAUCUUUAGUAACUCACAACUAACACAGGUCGAUUGUUUGCCGAGUGAGUUGUGACGCCACGUGGUCAUAUUUGUUGAUUUUUUUCUGUGUUCAGUAUUAUGAAGAGAGAAAACAUAUUUUUAUUAAACAAUAGAAAACAACAAAGUCCAUGAAUUUGCUUAACCAAUUGGUGAAUAAGUGCCUAGGCAGCGUUGCCAACUUAGCGGAAAAGUAGUUACAGCUAGCGAAUUUUAUAGGCCCUUCAACAAUUUCUGGGUUGAUUCUAAUAAAAUUAAAGAUAAUAUUAUCUAAUUUGAGUAUAUUACGAACAUGGGUUGACUACAUUUAAUAUUUCGAGUUUUAGCGACUCUGGUCGGUAGCGCCGUGGCUGGAGACGCCUGCAUUCCUUGACCUUAGCAGGUUUUAGCUAACAUUCAGAGAGAAACUGAGGUGGCGGCGGAAAUUUCUCUAGCGUCGUUAACCAUAGGGAUUUUCUCCUUAUUUUGGGAUGGCUUAUUCUCAUUAUAUUUAUUCCCUACAUGGUUUAAACAUUUGAGGACUAUGGUUUAAACCUUUGAGAGGGAUGGUUUAAACCUUUGAGAGCGAUGGUUUAAACCUUUGAGGACUAUGGUUGAAACCUUUGAGGACUAUGGUUUAAACCUUUGAGGAAUGUUUUCACUCUUUGAGGACAUUAUUGAGUCAAGUGCUGAUAUUAUAUCCGGUGUUAACGGAUGGUCGCCACACUAACAGGUCACAGCCUCUAGUUAAAGAAGCUUUCAGUACAGUAAGCUGUCAGCUCUAAGUUCCUUGGAGUAAAGAGUUGGAAUAACCUGCCAGAGAAUGUUGUGACGGCACAGAUACAGGUGUGAGUUUGGUAAGUAUUAGUUAAAUUUCGAACCACAAUUAGCUACAAUUAUUUAGAUUUUUUUUCAGGUCUAACUCAUCAAACUAGACGACAUUUCUUCUCUGGCAUUUCCGUCGCCAAUGAUUAAUAAUAUAGAUAUGGGGUGUGUUUACCUUAAAGACGUAAGUUAGGAGUAGGUUUGUUUGGUUACGUUAGGUCUCAGUAUCGUUCUGGUGAUGAAGCCUAGGUUAGGUUAGGUUAGGUUAGGUUUUUCCGAGGUUUUUUUUUGUGUUUUAUUCGUUUUUUAUAUUAAUUUUCGCCGGAAAUAGCUCGUUUUGGCUGUAGGGGGGCUAUCUAAAAACCCAGUGAUUUCCGACGAAAAUUAACAAAAAUAACAUCGGAAAAACCUAGGCUUCACCACUAGAAGGAUUAUGGUCCAAAACCUAACCUUUACCGCGAGUUCUUUUAAAGCUUGACGACUAACACUCACUCAUGCAGGUUAUGGUACAUUCAAGAGCCCGAACAGUACUUGUCAACAGUGUGUAUCGGCUUGUGAACCUGGAUGUGCCACAGUACCCGGGUGUGUCACAGUACCCGGGUGUGUCACAGUACCCGGGUGUGUCACAGUACCCGGGUGUGUCACAGUACCCGGGUGUGUCACAGUACCUGGGUGUGUCACAGUACCUGGGUGUGU